AUGACCCACGACCCUCCGGCUUUCUCGAGUAAGGGCAAGGGUGCGUUUGUGAUCCUCAACGACAUCCCAGAUGUGAACAAGCCAAACCUGCUCAGGGACCUCAAGACACAACUCGGCGAGUCCAAAGUUCGCAUAAUCGACAGCUACAUCAUGAACAGGCCACCCACUUGUGAUCGAUUGGAACGAAACUUACGAUUCCUUUACAUCCACCAGUUGCUGAAGUUGGCGGACCAAGGCUAUUCAGUUAUUAUGACAACUUCUAAGCUAGACACCCCUUCAAAUCGCGAAGAUCUUCUCGACGUUUUUAGUGCUGUCCGAAUGAAUAAGAAGCAGCACCGACUGAUCUGGGUCAACGUCGAUCGACAACGUGCAAAGACCAACAAGUGCCAGUGUGGCCAAGAAGCUGGCAUGAGCACAUCGAUUGCCGGCUUUACGCUGUCUUGUCAUCCCCGUGGGAUACACUCUUUGAGAGUUUGCACACUAGGUGACGGAGCUUCACCAUAA